GAUCUCUGCCCGCCCCCUCUUCACUCGUCACUAGUUGAUGAGGCACCCUUGGCGCCUGGUCGUGUAGACGAACGGGUGCACCGACUCCUUGGGAGGAUAAUAACUAUGAAUGCAAAAGCAAGACGCCCACUUUCCUGUCCCCUCGCUCUUUCAGCCCCUCGGGAAGAUCAUAGUGCCUUUAGCCCAAGCAUGGCCUUGAGCGACUUCAUCACACCUGCGUGAGGUCACAAGCAGUCACAAGGGGUGAGGCGAGUUCUGAGUGAAAGAAACGGAGCGGGGCUGAGGCCAAGGAGAGAUUGGACUGUGUCUCACAUGCUCUUGACGCAGAAGGUUUUGAAACUUUUUUCACCUCGUCCGAAAUGGCUGCCUCCCAGUGUCUCUGCUGCUCAAAAUUUCUCCUCCAGAACCUCGCCUGUUUCCUCACGAACCCACAUUGUGGCAGCAUCAUUAAUGCAGAUGGCCAUGGUGAAGUGUGGACAGAUUGGAAUAAUAUGUCCAAGUUUUUCCAGUACGGAUGGAGAUGCACCACUAAUGAGAAUGCCUAUUCGAACCGUACCCUGAUGGGCAACUGGAACCAGGAAAGAUAUGACCUGAGGAAUAUCGUGCAGCCCAAACCCUUGCCUUCCCAGGGACAGAGAAGACAGAUCACCCAGGGGACCAGUCGCAAGGAUGGGUGCAGGCCUGGCAUCUGCUGCCUCUCUGGCUCCAAUGCCUGGCUUUGUGGUUUCUGGAGGGGUCGCGCUGCGCCUGUUGGGGCUGCACCUCGGACCAGGGCUCCCACUGCAUCUGCAGCCAUGUCGGGCCGCUCAGUGCCACAUGCCCACCCAGCCACCGCUGAGUACGAAUUUGCCAACCCGAGCCGCCUGGGUGAGCAGCGCUUCGGAGAAGGCCUCCUGCCAGAAGAGAUCCUGACCCCCACACUCUACCAUGGCUACUAUGUCCGGCCUCGGGCCGCCCCAGCUGGGGAGGGCAGCAGGGCAGGGGCCUCCGAGCUUAGGCUCAGUGAGGGCAAGUUCCAGGCAUUUCUGGAUGUGAGCCACUUUACCCCAGACGAGGUGACUGUGAGGACUGUGGAUAACCUGCUGGAGGUGUCUGCCCGGCACCCCCAGCGCCUGGACCGCCACGGCUUCGUGUCCCGAGAGUUCUGCCGCACCUAUGUUCUGCCUGCUGAUGUCGACCCCUGGCGGGUCCGAGCUGCUCUCUCCCAUGAUGGCAUCUUAAACCUGGAAGCGCCUCGGGGUGGCCGACAUUUGGACACAGAGGUCAAUGAGGUCUACAUCUCCCUGCUCCCUGCGCCUCCUGAUCCAGAGGAAGAGGAGGAGGCAGCCAUAGUUGAGCCCUGAUUGCCACAGACCCAGCACCCAGCAAAUCCCUCUCUACCUCCCAUGGUGAUAUGGGCAGCUGCCCACCACUCCAGAGGUAGCAGCAUCCUUGGGGGAAAGGAAAGGUGCAUGGUCCACAAUGUAUGGUUUGGUCCCAUGGGACGUGUCAUAGCCUUGGUUUAGUUUUGGGUGGAGCCGAAUAAACCCAAAUCUCAGGGC